UUUUAAAACGCGCGUAUUCGUCACUAAACAAAACCUUAAUUAUCACUAAACAGUAAACACCCCGCCAUUAAUCUCUGAACGACUCCCACGCAAAUCCGACGAAGAUGACGAUGAAGAUGCAAUACGCAUAUGCGUAGAUGUAUGUAUUGGUGUAUGUAUAUCCCGGAUGAGCAAAGAGGAGGUGCGAUAAUCGAAUCGGCGAAGCAAGAGAUUAUCCAGAAAUCGAAGCGAUAACGAGAGCGAAAUCAAUAUAUAUUUUUAUGUGUGUUUCUGUAUGAAUCUAUGCUUGUAUAGGUGUGUGCAUCUUCGUUAAUUCGUGGAAGAUAAAAUGCGGUAACACAUAGCCGCGAAGCAACAGGUGAUCCAGGGGCAGAAGCAAGGAGAGGCAGAGGGGGAAUUGGUUCGAACACGCAAACGAUCCUUGUUUGUGAUUUGAAGCCAAAUCUGUGGUGGUGUAUAAAAGAGGAACAAGGAAUCUCCUGGAGGAGAAGCAAACACAAUGAUGAUUGCGGAGAAAAUGGUAAGAGGAAGGAAGGUAGAGAUUCUUAUUCUUCUUCAGCUGUUGGUGUCGGCAAUGGUGGCGACGGUGGCGUACGGCGCCAAUGUGACGUACGACCACCGAGCUCUGGUCGUCGAUGGGAAGAGGAGGGUUCUGAUCUCCGGUUCCAUUCACUAUCCUCGGAGUACGCCUGAGAUGUGGCCGGACCUUGUACAAAAAUCCAAGGAUGGUGGUUUGGAUGUGAUAGAGACAUACGUAUUUUGGAAUGUUCACGAGCCAGAGAAGAAUCAGUAUAAUUUUGAAGGAAGAUACGAUUUAGUUAAAUUCGUGAAGUUGGUGGCCGAAGCUGGUCUCUAUGUUCAUCUACGAAUUGGUCCGUAUGUCUGUGCUGAAUGGAAUUACGGUGGGUUUCCGCUUUGGCUGCAUUUCAUUCCUGGAAUUAAAUUCCGAACUGACAAUGAACCAUUCAGGGCAGAAAUGCAGAGAUUUACUGCCAAGAUUGUGGAUAUGAUGAAGCAGGAAAAGCUCUAUUCGUCACAAGGAGGACCGAUCAUCCUAUCACAGAUUGAGAAUGAAUACGGGAAUAUUGAUUCAGCGUAUGGACUCGCGGGAAAGAAUUAUAUGAAGUGGUCUGCUUCCAUGGCUGUUUCACUGGACACGGGUGUACCUUGGGUCAUGUGCCAGCAAGCAGAUGCCCCUGAUCCCAUUAUCAACACAUGCAACGGCUUCUACUGUGACCAGUUCACUCCUAAUUCAAACAAGAAACCUAAGAUGUGGACUGAGAACUGGAGUGGAUGGUUUUCUUCCUUCGGAGAACCCCUGCCAUACAGGCCAGUUGAAGACCUCGCUUUUGCAGUUGCACGGUUUUUCCAGCGAGGUGGAACAUUCCAGAACUAUUACAUGUACCACGGCGGUACAAACUUUGGCAGGAGCACUGGAGGACCCUUUAUUACUACUAGUUAUGACUACGAUGCUCCAAUUGAUGAGUAUGGACUUCUUAGACAACCAAAGUGGGGACACUUACGAGAUCUACACAAGGCUAUCAAGCUUUGUGAAGAUGCAUUAGUCGCCACAGAUCCAACAAUUACCUCCUUGGGUUCAAAUUUGGAGGCUUCUGUAUACAAAACAGCAUCUGGAUCAUGUGCCGCUUUUCUUGCAAACAUUGGCACUCAUUCUGAUGCCACUGUGGCCUUCAAUGGCAAUACUUAUCACUUGCCUGCAUGGUCUGUAAGCAUCUUGCCAGACUGCAAGAACGUGGUUUUUAACACUGCAAAGAUAAAUUCUGCAACUGAGUCCGAAACGUUCGCACGUCAGUCUUUGAAACCGGAUGCUGAUUCAUCUGGAGAUUUAGGUUCACAAUGGAGCUAUAUUAAGGAACCUGUUGGGAUUUCCAAAGCUGGUGCAUUCGUAAAACCCGGAUUACUUGAGCAGAUAAACACAACAGCUGACAAAAGCGACUACCUCUGGUACUCACUGAGUAUGGAUAUCAAAGGUGAUGAGCCUUUCCUUGACGAUGGAUCUAAAAGCGUCCUCCACAUUGAAUCACUUGGUCAUGUGCUUCAUGUUUUCAUAAACGGCGAGCUUGCAGGAAGCGCAACGGGCAAACCGAGAGUGUCUUUGGCCAUCCCGAUCAGUCUUGUCCCAGGGAAGAACACAAUAGCUCUCCUCAGUGUCACUGUAGGCCUCCAGAACUAUGGAGCUUUCUUUGAUUUAACUGGAGCUGGGAUAACAGGUCCCGUGAUACUUAAAAAUGGGAACAGCGGAAGCACGAUCGAUUUAUCUUCUAAGCAGUGGACAUAUCAGGUUGGGCUGAAGGGGGAAGACACAGGUUUGUCAACUGGAGAUUCUUCUGAAUGGGUUUCAGAAUCUCCAUUGCCUACAAAGCAGCCAUUGAUAUGGUACAAGACAACAUUUGACGCUCCUGCUGGAAGUGAUCCAGUCGCGAUAGACUUCACGGGGGCGGGAAAAGGAAUGGCGUGGGUGAACGGAGAAAGCAUAGGCCGGUUUUGGCCAACCAAUAUUGCACGAGACAGUGGCUGCACCGAUUCAUGCGACUACAGAGGAUCUUACCGUUCAAACAAAUGCCUCAAGAACUGCGGAAAACCAUCUCAGUCACUGUAA